GAUUUCGACAUCAGGGCGGACUGAGCACGUCUGGAGGAGGAGGAGGGAGACCGUGGCACCGUGCUCUGCUCAUGGACUUGUUCACUUUUGUGUCUGUUUCCAGUCAGUGUUUGGGGGAGGGCAGCUGCUGUGGCAGCGGGAAGAAGGCGUGCCGGGCAGUGGCCGGGUGGUACCCCGUGUAGCGGCAGCACAUCACGGACUGUGUAGCAAUACGCCUCCGUCCGCCAGUGCGGGCGAUUGCAAGUACGGCAAAGCCAUCACUGAGACUUGGAGUUGGGUCUAGGAGGCAAUACUGACAGCGGUGACCCGGAGCAGGGUGUCUCCGUCUUCUUCCCUACUAGAUCUCCAAUGUGGACAGAGGAAUAAAUUCAAGGCUUCAUCAUGUCCCCAGCAUCAUAUACCAAUGAAGCACCAUGUUUGAUUUUUCUGUACUUCAUAUUACAGAUCACUUGUGCAUGGGGUAAUUGUGGGCCUCCUCCUGUUAUAGAGCAUACUAAGGAAAUUAAUGAAACAUUUGGUGUACCAGGACAAGCUGUUGCUUAUACGUGUGAUCGAAGCUCUGGAUAUUAUGACCUUCCUGACAAAAGCAAAACUAUUACAUGCCAAGAUGACAACACGUGGUCUGUAAUCCCAGUGUUCUGUGCAAGAGCCUGCGAUGUUCCUGAAAGACUCCUGUUUGCAGUGUCAGAUGACCUUGACAAGGACAUCUUUCUGCCUGGCACAGCGGUGUCAUAUACAUGUCGACCUGGUUAUAGACGAGCACCUUUCACAAAGGCUUCAAUAAAAUGCUUAUCUAACUAUACAUGGUCUCAGCCGGACAAUUUCUGCACGCGUAGAUCGUGUGGGAGUCCUGGGGAAAUAAUAAAUGGAGAAAGAGAAGCUGAUGACUUUUUGUUUGGGUCUCGAGUUAUCUUCAAAUGUAAUGAAGGUUACCACAUAACAUCCAAACGACCUUAUAGAGAUUGCCUAGCCGAUGGAAAAUGGAGUAAUGAUCUCCCUGAAUGUGAAGCUGUUAUCUGUAGUCCACCAGAAAAGCCAAUUAAUGGAUCAUUUGAUCCCUAUAAGGAUGAGUACACCUUCUUGGAUGCUGUAACAUUUUCAUGUAAAAGGGGUUUACACUUUGUUGGUGAAGCUACCAUAUCCUGCACAGCUGAGGGAUCAUGGAGUGCUACAACUCCUACAUGCACAGGGGUUCAAUGCUCUGAUCCACAUGUUCCAAAUUCAAUUAGGUUGUCAGGAUUUAGGGGCCCAUAUUCUCUAAAUUCUGCUGUGUUAUUUGAGUGUAAGAAUGAUUACGUCAUGAAUGGAUCCAGUUCCAUCACUUGCCAGAUUACCAGUGAGUGGGAGCCCAAAGUCCCAGAGUGUCUGACUGUGUGUGUUUCUCCUCCCGAUCUUCCUUAUGCAGAACUUGAUGAAAGCUCUGCUCUCCUACCCAAUUAUUUCAGUGGCACGACUGUGCAGUACAAAUGCAAACACGAAUAUGAACGUGUUCCUAAUACAAAAAAUACUACAACUUGCUUAGACAAAAGCUGGUCCACAGCUGACGAGUUCUGUAAAACUGUGUGUGUUUCUCCUCCCGAUCUUCCUUAUGCAGAACUUGAUGAAAGCUCUGCUCACCUACCCAAUUAUUUCAGUGGCACGACUGUGCAGUACAAGUGCAAACACGAAUAUGAACUUGUUCCUUAUACAAAAAAUAAUAUAACUUGCUUAGACAAAAGCUGGUCCACAGCUGACGAGUUCUGUAAAACGGUGUGUGAGUCACCUCCCACACUCUCCUAUGCAGAACUUGAUGAAAGCUCUGCUCACCUACCAAAGUACUUCAGUGGUACGAUAGUGCGGUACAAUUGCACUAAUGAUUACAAACGUGAUCCUGAUAAAGAAAAUAGUAUAACUUGUGUGGAUAAAAGCUGGUCCAUGCCUGAUCAGUUUUGUAUACGUAUAAAAAACCCCGUCUACAUUUACAUCAUCAUAGGCACAGUCUGUGUAUUUAUUGUUCUACUACUUGUUGUACUUGUGAUUUGCUGCUGUAAGAAAAUGACAAAAAGCGGUGAAUAUUAUUGUGACUAUAAAAAGGACAAGUGUAUGAAGACCGUAGAGCACGCACUGUGAAAUAAUAAAAAUAAAUAAAAAUAAGGAAACCACAAGUCAUAUGAGCCCAAAUGUGCAGUUCACUUAAUGUGAAGCAUCAUUACAUCUGUAGAACUGAAGAUCUUUAUACAACUUUCUGACUUAUUGACCUCUGAGUCUGAAAUACACAAAAAAUCAUAUUCUGAGAAUUGACUUGGAUCUUUCCUUAUAAACUGGAUUGUUUAAAGUAUACUGUACCUACUGUAUGUUUCAACAGAGAUGAGUAACAAAAAAACAUUUGUGCCUAUAUAAAUCUUCCACUGUUUAGAACAACAAUUUUGGUAUAUGUUUUAAAGAAUCACAGUACCUUCUCCAAACUUUUUUAAUGCAUAUUUCGUGAAUUUUCAAUUUACAUAUCUAAAGUCUCAUACAACACAAUGCAUAAAAUGGUGCAAACAUGUAUAUUAAUUUUUUUAUAUUUUCUUUUUGUGUGUGUAUGGCAAAGAAGUGUUUAAUUUGUUGUGUUCCAGAUAUAGUGAUGUCACAUAAAUGUGACUGCUGUAGCCUAGUUCUUUUUCUACAUUUCUUUUAAGAACACCAUAGACUUCAGUCUAUAAAAAGUUUACAUAGUAUUUUAUCAAGAUCAGUCGAUGGAGGGAAUGUGCAGAUAGUGGUAUUUAAUGGUCACAAUUUGGAAAAAUUAUUAUUAUUAGUUUCACCCCAAAUAAGUCCUGCAUGAAUGAGAGCGAGUUAUGGAUGAGAGACGCAGAUCUUGUGCAGAGGUGAGAGGUCAAGUUGGGAGAUAUUUGGAGAUAAGCGAAGAGAUGUACUUUGGUGUAGUUUGGUUAAUGGCCUUGAGUGUAAAAUAAUUUUAUAUUGAAUAUGGUAGAAUACAGGCAGCCAAUGGAGGGACUGACAGAGCAGAUCAGCGGACAAACGUUUAGUGAGAAAGAUUAGCCUUGUAGCUGCAUUCAAAAUGGAAUGUUGAGGUAAGUAUCUGCUUUUGGUAAGAUCAGUAAGGAGACAAUUGCAAUAAUCAAUGCGGGAGAUAAUGAGUGCAUGGAUUAGAGUUUUUGCAGUGUUAGAUGUAUGUAACAUGAUUUAGAGACAGAUUGAAUGUAGGGAACAAAGCACAGUUUAAAGUCAAGGAUGACACCUAGGCAGUGAGCUUGUGGGGUAGGGUUGAUUGUCGAGUUAUCAACAGUGAUAGACAUGUCAGGUUGGUAACUAAUAUUGACCGGUGGAAAUAUAAUUAAUUCUGUUUUGGAAAUAUUCAGUUUGAGGUGGCAGAAAGGCAUUCAGUGACCUGGACCAAUACAGAUGGUGACAAAUCUUAAGAGGAUAGGUAGAUUUGAGUAUAACCCGUAUACAGAAGAUACUGAAAUCCGAAAGAGCUGAUAAGUUUGCCAAGAGAUGUGGUAUAGUUUGAGAAAAGCAGAGGGCCUAAGACUGAGCCUUGCAGUACUCCAACUGAUAGAGGUAGCGAAGCGGAGGUGGAAUCAGAGAAGCGAACACUGAAAAAUAGAUUAGAUAGGUACUGUAGGAUGAGAACCAAGAAAGGGCUGUGUCCUGAAGACCUAGGGAUUGUAGUGUUUGUAUGAGAAGACAGUGGUCAACAGUGUCAAAAGCAGCAGAGAGAUCUAGAAGAAUAUGAAGUGAGUAAUGGCUUUUAGACUUAGCAGUGACCAGAUCGUUCACUACCUUAGUCAGUGCUGUCUCUGUGGAGUGUUGGGAGCGAAAGCCUGACUGAUGUGGGUCCAUUAGAAGUUUAAAUAAUUAUCAACUGCAAUAACACAGUUAAUGUAACUAUAAUUAUACCAAACUGCAAAUGGAUAUCUUCAACAUCCAUAAUGUAUGCAAAUAACAAACGUUGAUCUACUCAAUUUAGCUUAGACUGUUCCAUGUGAGAGUUAGUAAUUCUUAAUUUAAUAUUUGUGUGAAAUAUAUGAGGCUGAAGCAGAGAUGGUUGCAAGAAAAGCAUGUAAAUAGUGUAUUUACAGACAUAGGCAGCCAUUUCCAACCAAAAAUGUAUCUGUAUUGUGAUGCAAGUACUGACUUUUGCAAUAUGUGGAUAGAUAGAAUAAAUAGAAGCCGCAAACAUUUCAGCAGUUUUACAAACCCAACAUUUAUUAAUUUUCCCCCUUUAUUUCUAUCAAUUGGCUCGACCUAAUUAGAUGCAAAGAAUGCGAGUUGCCAUUGCCAUGGUGUUUCAACGCCAGCAAUGGUAUCGCAUCUCGCGACACUAGCGGUCUAAUUUCUGCCCGAAUUUACUCAAAACUUCAUGCGUAUGAAUAUUUUUUUACUUGAAGUUUGGAAGGAGUUGCAUGAUUACCUUUCCCAUUUUUGACUCUCAAAUUAAUUUGAUAUUUCGAUCAUUUAUUAAGAGGAAAAUGUACCUGUUCAUACCAUUAAGUGGAAGAUCCGGAACCUUUGAAAGAAUCAAAUUGCUUGAUUGAGAAAAAAGAACUGCACAUUUCACUGUAGACAAAAUCAAUUCAUAGGGAAGUGUUCUAUAAUUUAUCCUCAAGCUUUCAAUGGUUUAUAUGGGGAUGGUACACUGUUUUAUGUGGUGAUGUCAUAUUACACUGAAACACCUCUCCUGCAUGUGUUUGAUUGUUUUGAAGGUGCAUACACACGGUGCGAUAUGCACUUAACUUUCCUUACGCCUUUGACUAUAUAGUCAAAAUCGUAAGGAAAAUUAGUGCAUAUUGCACCAUAUGUACACAGCUUACGAUGCCGAUGCGAGGUCCCACGGGAUUGGCAUCGCAACAAAAAAUAGACUGCACAGGCAGCCUAACAUUUACUAUAUCGGCCCCGUUGAAUAGUCAAUGUCGGGCAUACGGUGCAUCGCAUCGUGUGUACACACCUUUAGCACUAUUUGCAACUCAAGGUAGUGCCCUACUGGUUCAUUCAACAAUCGUAUUUUUUGGAAGAAAGACAUAGCUUGUGCCACUGGCUGCAAUCCUGGGUGUAUUGUGCAAAUUUAUAGGUUUAUAUUUAUUUAUUUCUAACUGCUGACUUAUGGCAGAUGAUCUAUUAGACAUAUUAGGAAGUAGUAUGUUAGUGCCAUCGGUUUUCUUUUAUUGCUCCUGUCUACCCCCUUUCAUUCUGCCUCCCUCUCUCCUUCUGUGUGACACUUACCCUGGUCGUGGGCUGUCAGACAUCUUCAGCUUCUGUUGUGCUUCCCAUCUCCGUUUCACCAGUGGAAGCAUUAGUAAGCUCCAGCUCCCAAUGUGCAUGACGGAGAUGGGACAGCCAUUCAAGAUUAUAUUGAUGUGGCCUCAUACACUGUGGCUCUAGGUCCCCGGCAACUCGGCUGUGAGGAGUGUCUUUUUAGUCCAAAACUAUUUGCAGAAAUAAAACAAUUGAAAGCAACGCAGUGUAGUUCCUAUGUGCCCCUUAUGAAAGGGAUUAUCUCAUAACCCUAAUGAGGACAUAUCUGAGUUCUAGAUUAUUCCAUGUGGUAAACAGAAAAAUUUAGGGUUGUUUUUUUAGCAUGGGGUUGAUAAGCAUUCACAUGUUAUUCCUUUUUUUAUCAAGUGUGUUACAGCAAUUGAUAUAAAACUUGUUCAUUGUUUUUGAUAAUUUCAUGUUAAUACUAUAAAUGUAUCUUUUGUUGGAGAAAAAGAUAUGAAGGACUGUCACUGUACCGGCAUGUUGGACUAGUGUGGUGUUGUUAUAUGUAAAUAAGCUUUAACAGCUGUUUAAUUACAAAGAUUAUUAAAAGGGAAAAAAAACACAGAUUGAGUUCCAGUCUCCUAAUAAACCCAAGUUAAAUAAAAAAAAUACAUUACAA